AUGUCCUCUCCCGUCCGUACGAACAAAGAGUUAUGCAUGCGUACCAUUACUCACGACAACUCUGGUACCGUACCACGACAACAAAAUAUCCUCUCGCACGAGGAGAUGGCGGAGGGGAGCGAUAUCUCCGUCCACGCUUGGCGAGCCGGCACAGCAUUCGAAUUCUGGGAUCGUACGGUCGAUAUCGAACAACCCCUCGACCGAGUACAUAUGAAUACGUAUGUCGGUCAGCUCGUUACCGAAUAUCAAGGCAUCUUAACGCUCCGAGCACUCGUACGAGCAUACCAGGAAGACUUCGAGGGAUGGACUACGUACCAGUUCGAGUAUACAUCACGACCAUUCAAACGUGCGAUGCUUAAGACACUCGAACGAAAAGGGUAUCACUUCCCGAGCGGUCUCACCCAAAACGAAAAGCUCGUCUACCCAUUAGACAACAAGGAGGCUGUCAGAGCACCUUAA